GCAUCUCUUCUUGUCAGUUAGCCAAAGACCUUGGCAUAACUCAAAAAUCAGCCUACUAUUUAUUAGACAAUUUACGGGAUAGUCUUAAACAAUCCAACUUUAUUAAAGAAAUGCUAAAAGACUUUGUGGAAAUAGAUGAAACCUAUAUAGGCGGUAAGAACAAGAACCGACAUUGGGAUAAGAAAAUUCCUCAUUCGCAGGGUAGAAGUUCGAAAGAUAAAACCCCUUUAAUAGUAAUGAUAAAAAGGGGUGGUAAUGCAAUCUCCCGAGUAGUUUCUGAUGUUAAACAAAAGACCUUGGAACCAAUAAUUAGGGCUAAUGUUAAAGAGGGAAGUAAUGUUUAUACUGAUGAAUGA